AUGAAUGGAUGAUGUGCACGUGGGGCCACUUUAUGGGACGUAUUUAAAAAUGUGGACAGGGCUCUAUCAAUGCGCAUGAUACUGCGGUUCCACUACUACAGCACGCUCCAACUCACCUUGAAUCGGCGCACGGCCGCUCUCCUGUCAUUCGGGUGCGGGGCGUCAGGAGAACCAAUACACGCCCCAAAGCCUCAAUCUGCAGCCAAUCCAGGGACAGAAGAGGCGGAUCCGUGGCUGCAUUCUCACACUUGGUUUCACUAUGCGCUCGUAAAACGGCUCCGUCUACUACAAACGCUGCGGUGCAGGUGCUCUGUCUCUUCGGGAGAGGAUGCGGAUGGAAGGACGGGGGAGGGAAGGGAUGAAGGGAAACGCCACGAGGAAAGAAUAUCGGAUAUGAAAAGGGGCUUUUGCUAAGAGACCGCGAGGUGCAAAGUCGAAUAUGAGAGAUUGGUUGAACGGGGCACUUUGCGUGGUAAUAGCUGGUCGGCAAUAGUACUAUGAUUUGGUAUGUGGCCACUCUGAUAGCAAGUGUAUUCAGCACCAGAGGAACGGCCGCUCAAGGUGCCCACGGAGUGAGAGAGGAGCCCCGGUUUGUGACGGCACGCGCUGGAGAGAGCGUGAUCCUGGGGUGUGACGUGUCCCCUCCCCUGGACGGCCAGCAGCCUCCCUAUGUGGUGGAGUGGUUCAAGUUUGGAGUGCCUAUUCCCUUCUUCAUCAACUUCCGCUUCUACCCUCCUCAUGUGGACCCCGAGUACACUGGUAGAGCCUCAUUGCAUGGGAAGGCCUCCCUGCAGAUUGCCCCGGUGCGCUCUGAGGACCAGGGUUGGUAUGAGUGCAGGGUCCUGAUGCUAGAGCAACAGUACGACACCUUCCACAACGGCAGCUGGGUGCACCUCACAGUCAAUGCUCCACCUUCAUUUACAGCAACGCCACCACAAUAUGUGGAGGCAAAGGAAGGGGGGAGCACUCUGCUUAGCUGCUCUGCCCAGGGAAAUCCAAAACCAAUGAUCAGCUGGCUGAGGGAAGGGGAGGAACUUGCAACCAACGCAAAAUAUUCGGUACAUGAUGGCAGUCUAACCAUCCUUGGCAUCACUAGAGAUGACAGAGGGGCGUAUACGUGCAGAGCCUACAGUGACCAGGGAGAAGUGCUCCACACUACCCGUCUGUUGGUUCAAGGGCCUCCAUACAUCGUCUCACCACCAGAAAACAUCACUGUAAACAUAUCCCAGAAUGCCCUCUUCACCUGUCAAGCAGAGGCGUAUCCUGGCAACCUGACCUACACCUGGUUUUGGGAAGAGGAUAACGUCUACUUCAAGAAUGAUCUGAAGCUCCGAGUGCGCAUCCUCAUCGACGGCACCCUUAUCAUCUUCCGGGUUAAGCCGGAGGAUGCUGGGAAAUACACCUGCAGUCCGAGCAACAGCCUUGGCAUCUCACCCUCAGCAUCAGCCUACUUGACUGUUCAGUACCCUGCCCGAGUGAUUAACAUGCCCCCGGUCAUCUAUGUCCCACGGAAACUGCCAGGUAUCAUCCGCUGCCCAGUGGACGCCAACCCCCCUGUGACAUCAGUGAAGUGGGAGAAAGACGGUUAUCCUCUCAGAGUGGAGAAGUACCCCGGUUGGAGCCUGAUGCCAGAUGGAAGUAUCCGGGUGGCGGAAGCCACAGAGGACUCCCUGGGCACCUACACCUGCGUGCCUUACAACGCCCUAGGUACCAUGGGCAUGUCCCCCCCUGCCACUUUGGUGCUAAAGGAUCCCCCUUACUUUAAUGUGAGGCCUGGGGGGGAGUACCGUCAGGAGGCUGGGAGAGAGCUAGUAAUCCCCUGUGCUGCUUCUGGAGACCCUGAUAUACCAACCAUCACCUGGAGAAAGGUUGGGAAGCCGAGCAGGAGUAAGCACAACAUCCUACCCAGUGGCAGCUUACAGUUUGUGUCCCUCAGCAAGGAGGACCAUGGAGAAUGGGAGUGUGUAGCCACCAAUGUGGUCACAAGCAUCACUGCCAGCACGCGCAUCCUAGUCAUCGGCACCAGCCCACACGCUCCUGGGAAUAUCCAUGUAUUGCCCUCAACAACUUCUGCUAAUGUGUCCUGGGAACCAGGUUACGAUGGCGGCUUCGAACAGACGUUCUCUGUGUGGUACGGACCAGUGUCAAAGAGAAUAGACUUCGGUCCUCAUGACUGGCACUCAGUGCCAGUUUCUGGUGCUCAGACCUGGUUGGUGGUGCCAGGGCUGGAGCCUGGGACAGAGUACCAGUUCAGUGUGCUGGCACAAAACAAACUGGGCACAGGCCCAUUCAGUGAAGUUGUGACAGUCCACACUGCAGGCUCUCCUCUGGGUACCCCAGAACCACUGGUGCUUCUUACUCCACCACGGUGCCUCACAGCCAACCGCACGCAGCAUGGUGUCCUCCUCACAUGGCUCCCUCCAGCCAACCACUCUUCACCCAUCGACCGAUACAUCGCGGAGUUCCGCCUCGGGGAGAGGUGGGAGGUGCUGGAUGACCUGAUCCCAUCCACUGAGACUGAGCUCAUAGCCCGAGACCUUGUUCAGGAAUCCUGGUAUGAGUUUCGAGUGAUGGCUGUUAUGGAUGACCUGAUCAGUGAGAGCAGCAACGUAGUGGGAGUGUCUAGUACAGAUCCUUUCCCUCCUGCAGAGUUGCCUGAUGAGGGGCUGGCGCGGUGCCGGCCUGGGUUGGCGGGUUUCUUAGCCACUAUUUGUUUUCUGGCAGCAGCAGUACUGUUCAGCACUCUAGCAGCUUGCUUUGUUAAUAAGCAACACCGCCGCAAACUCAAGCGUAAACCAGAUCCUCCCUUGUCGGUGACACACUUCAGGAAAAGCAUCGAGUCACCGUUAUCGUCGGGGAAAAUAAGUCCAGAGAGUUCCCCUCCAUCUCGGCCCCGCUCUCUUUCUUCAGAGGGUUCCCAUGGUCUGGGCCUGUACGUCAGGAAGCUGCCCAGCCCUCAGAGAGAGAAAGACAAAGAGCUCUCCUUCUACAAGAAAACCAAGCGUGCCAUAGCCAGCAAGAAAUACAGUGUAUCUAAGCAUGAGGCAGAGGUCACCACACCUAUUGAGCUGAUAAGCCGUGGCCCUGAUGGCCGUUUUGUCAUGGAGAGCAGCCCACCACCCCGCCGCAUCCAGGGCUUUCCCUUUGCGGAGGAGUCCGACAUGUACCCUGAGUUCCGGCAGUCUGAUGAGGAGAAUGAUUUUGACCCUGGGCCCCUACCGCCCAUCAUGCCCACGCUGCGGCCCCAGCUCUCCCCAACGUCCUCCAGCCUGGAAUCAACGCAGCCCCCCACCUACAGCCCCCGCCUACACAGGGCCAUGGAAGGUAUGAGCUUUGCAGAGGGCAGUGCACUUCAUGCCUCAGGGCAGGCCCCGACCUCCCGCUACAGGGGCUUUCCACAGGGCCCGUUUUAUGGGUAUCUAGGCAGCCGUGCUGAAUCAGGGAUUCCACCACCAUUCUACAUGCCUGACAUCAGCCCGCGUAGUUCCGCUCUGUCCUCCCCCCCAGGCACUGCUGAGGGGCCUUUUGGUUACCCCUCCAUCCCCGAGGAGAGUGGAGAGAUGGAGCACCAUCAGUACACUGCCUCUGGCCACUCUCUGUCUCACACACACAGCCCUCCUCCUCGCUCACCUGAAAGCUGGCAGCCUCAUGAGCUACCCUUCCUUGGUCUAGAGGGUCCACGGUUUAUAUACCCACCUCACCAUCCUUUACAUCAUCCCCAGGAUCUCCCUGACCCACCCCCAUACGCUCCUCACUCUCUACCCCCCAGUCGCUUGCACCUCCCUCCCCUAAAGGAUCCAACAAGCCCUGGACUCCUGCAGCUGGAGGUCCCUGUGGCUCCCCCAGGCAGAGACAGGCCCCCGGGGCCUCCGGUUAGGCGUUUAGCUAUGCAACAGGCCCAAAGUCUUGGCCAGCUCAGACACACGGCCCACGGUGUGGGUGUACCAGUGUUGCCUUACCCUGACCCGGCGGCCCGUGCAGGGAGCCCAAGCACAGCCCCCAGUAGUAGCCCUCAGUCCUGGCUCAGCCCAAGGGCAGGGCGCCGGGCGGAUCCCAGCCUACCCCCACUAGUUCUCCAGCCUUCCCGCCUCUCUCCACUUUCUCAAAGCCCCCUUAGCACCCAGCCAGGUUCUCCAGAUAUUCUAGUCCGGCCUCCCCCACGCCCCAGCAUCCUCCGCACCUCUCGGUCUCUGGAGAUGCCUGAGAUCACCCUGCAGCCCUCUGCCACUGUCAGUUUCUCCCGGAGGUCCUCCCUGACCACCUCUCCCACUCAGAGCCAGGGUGCCAAGCAACCAAGCCCCAGUUACCACGCCCACAUGUCCUAUGCCUCCACUGCAGCCAGUUACCCGUCCCAGUCUCCCUCUCCCCCUCCAGAGGGCAGGGAUGUUUUCGGGCAGAGGCCACCCCAGAGAAGGACAGAGGAGGAGAUGCUACCCUCAGAGCCCUCCCAGCUCCAGAUAUCAGCCUCAGGGGAGCCUCUAGGUGCGUCUAGUGAUCCUGCCGGGUCUGAGAGCUUACCAGCACUGUUACACCACCGCAUUACUAAAGCCAAGGGAGUGGCUGCCAACAACAAUAACAACGCAACCUCCGGAAGGAGAACAGGUGUGUCUCCCUCUCAGACCCAGCAGCAAUCACAGACACCACAAGAGGGCGAGGAUCUCAACUACCACAGAAAGAGGAACAGGCAAAACAAGAAGAACCCCUAUUUCUAUUUGAUCUCCUUCCUGCGUUGCAGGCAGUCUGAGGAGGACCAGACCGGCAUUCUGGCCAGUGCAGACUCUGAGGUCCCAAAUUAUGGAACUCUCCGCUGACCCAUGUGCCCACCAAGCCAUUGGACUCGACUAAACUAACCUCCUCUUAAAAAAAAAAA